GAGUGAGACGUCCAAGAGGCUUUUAUCUGAAACGGAAAAGGAAGCUCCAUUUGUAUAGUAUACGAGUCCUGAAUCUUAGUUCAUUGGUGCUGAAUAGAAAGAGCAUGAAAGUUUCAGCUUGAGUGAGGGGAAACUCAGGCACCUGCAGGCGACUCGCACAUCAUGCUUAAAGGAGAGGAUAAGAAGAAAGGAACCAACACUGAUGAGGAUGAAGCCAAUGAUCAAUCUGUGAAGAGAGGAAUGGGGGAAUUAAUUUCUAAAGGUCUGGCUUUAAGCUCCCAGAACAGAAGAGUGGAGGAACCGUCGCCUGCAGGCGCUAAUGUCCUACCUGAGUCCUUGCCCAUUAAUGCUGAUGAAAAAGAGAGCGAAAAAACAGAUGUAAAUACAUUUCCACAGCAAUUAAACUCUGAUUUUACCCCUGUCAAAGAGGCUGAUAUGGAUGCACAGAAAUGUUUGGAAGACCGUGAUCAGCCAGAGUCAAAUUCUGAUUGUCUUUCCAGCACCACAGAUAAUGAACCGAAAUCACUGCCGCUUAAUGCAGAAUUAAAUAAACCACAAAUCGACACUCAGAUGUCUGUUCAAACAGAUGAAAUCUCAAGUAGUCAGUCUGAAAGAGAGUCAGACAAGAGUGAAGCCCACUGUUCAACUGUCCAAACAUCUGAGAAAGCUGUCUGUGAUACAUCCUGUCCUGUUAUAAGUGAUAGCCAAUGCGAAGAAGAUUCUGACAAACAAAUCCACGAGGGCUCUGUAGAUGCAAAAAAUUCUGACACUGAAAAUCAAGAAGCCUUGCCCUCUGACGCAUUAAACCAAACUGCUGUAACAUUGGACGAUGCCUGUGAAGAUAAUUCACCUGAUAAAACGCAAGAGUCUAAUUCAGAGCAGAAUAACCAGACACCUUCACCCGAAGCCAGUGCUGAGGCAAGCAGUAUGGAAAUCACAGAAAGUAAACGUGGAUUUCCUUCAUUUUCUCGCGGACGGCCACGCAAAGAGAAACGGGUCAUCAAGUGUGAAUAUUGCGGGCGCCCGUUCAAUCAUGCCUCUGCUUAUAUCAUUCAUCUGCGUGUCCACACAGGUGAGAAGCCCUUCACAUGCCAGGAUUGUGGCAAAGCCUUCGCUCAACUCUCUAACCUUCGAUCUCACAGCAAAGUCCAUAAAUCCAAAAGUCGGAAACACGCACACAGACACCACGACCGAAGUAGAGCCACGACUGAGAAAAAUGCAGACGUGAACCAAGUGAGUGUGAUCAACAAAGUGGAGAGUGAUGCUCGUAGUAAUCAAAUCACCCCUAGAAGGAGGAGGGGGCGAGGAAGAGGGAAAGGGAAACCCCAAACGUGUCCGAUCUGUGGGAAAGUCUUUUGCUACAAGUCUGUCCUCAAAAUCCAUCUUCGUAUUCACAGUGGAGAAAAGCCAUACUCUUGUAAGGUGUGCGGAAAAUCCUUUACUCAGGCGUGUACUGCACGUGUCCAUGAAAGAGUGCAUUGGUCCAUCAGGCCUUUCUUCUGUUCAAAAUGUGGUAAGGGAUUUUCUCAGAUCGGGCCAUUAAAAGUACACACGUGUGAUGGUAAAAGAAACCCACAUGCCACCUUGAAAGAGAUGGAAUUGGAAGGUGUUAUCAGCUUCAGGUGUCACCUUUGCAAAAGUUGCUUUGGCACCAGAGAUGAGUAUGAUUUACAUUUGCAAGGACACACGGAUACCCAGCGUUACAGCUGUGACUGCUGCAAGCAGACGUUCAGUCUUCUCUCAGAGCUACAUACUCACAGCAAGCACUGCGUUUCCAUUCGGCAAACAAAAACCAAGCCUUCUGGUUAUAAUUCCCCUCACAGAUUACAACCCCAAAACUCCUUGAGAAGAAGAACUGCACAAAAAAUGCGAAGUGCAAGUCCAGUAAAAUCUCCUGAAAAAGAUUUUUCCUUGCCGAGGAAGUUCAAAAGAUGCUCUUCUUUACUUGCUUGCCCUCCUCAUGUCAUGGCAACCUCUGUUUAUGACUCACAGAAUAAUCACCAUUCGGUCAAUCAGCCAAUCAAAUGCAGCUAUUUCGUAUCUCGGCUGAACAGUACGCACCAAAAAGCAGAUCCAAGAAAGUACUUCUGCCCACAGUGUGGACGAGUAUUCCAGCAUGUAGGAAGGCUUAGAGCCCAUAUGCUCACUCAUUCGCGGGCUCGAAGCUUCACGUGUGUCGAUUGCAACAAGAUGUUUAAAAACUGGAACAAAUUUUGGAUUCAUCAGCGGCUGCAUAGACAGAAAAGAGGACGCUUUUUUUGUCCCAAGUGCGGUCAGGGGUUUAGAUUUGUGGGCUUGUACAAAAAACACCUGCAGAAGCAUCCAGAACUUAACGCUCACGUUUGUCCCUUCUGUCCUCACACGUUCUCAAAUGCACAAAAGUUGAGAAAUCACCAGCAAGAGUGGCACCGCUCAACUAUGCCCUUUAUUUGUGAUAUUUGCGGAAAAGGUUUCGCAAGUGCGAUCCUUCUUAAACGACACGGAGUUAUUCACUGCACAAAUGAUCCAAUGGAAACACAUUACACCAUUGAUCCGCAGUCCGCUGUGCAUCCCUAUGAGUGCGGCACGUGCAGUGCCAGUUUUGAGAACUUAGACUUGCUUUUCCACCAUCAGCUCUGCCAUAAGAGUGUAGAGAAAGAACCAAUAGCAAUGAAAGGCCAGCUACUUAUAACAAGGGAAAAACAUCAAUCUCACCACCUCCACCGUCAAAGCCACAACUACAGCCUUUCUGAUAAUCGGAGACAAGAGAAAUUCUCUUCAAAUGGUGCAGAAAUGCCUCAUUCAUUGUCACACGUAGGUCCCUCAAGCUUAGAUCCAUUACAAAAGCAGCAGCAAAAACCGAACACGGAGGCCCCAAGCACCACUAGGACAUUGGCUUAUCUGUCAUCAGAUCCACAUUCCAUUCCUACUUCUCAGAAUAACGAGAGGCAAAUGGUUAAAAAACACACUAAGGACAGUUUUUCAACAAUGAAAGAAUUAAAUGGUUCAAGCCGGUCACCGUCUGUAUUGAAGACAGAGGACACAGCCAGUGACUUAGUUUGCACUGAAUGUAAUGCUUGUUUUUCCAACCUUCAAGAAUUGCAUGGACAUUACUUGGAACAUGCCAGAGGAGAAAUAUAAAUAUUCUGUAAAAGUUGUUCUCUUUUGUUCAGUGAGUGUGUGAGAAACUUUUGUAUUGGAAUGACAUACUUCUGAAACACGUGAAAAUGUUUGCUGUAUGUGAAUAUGUUUUUCAUAUGAUAUCAGCAUUACUGAUGUACUGACAAAAAAAUAAAUGUUAAAUCAAUUUUCUAAUAUUUGGACUAGUAAAUCCCUGUAAUGGACAGUAUUGUUUUAAUUAGAGAUCCUAUGGUUUGAUUUAGAUAUCCGUUAGUGUUAGUGCUGUAAUUGAAAUGUCAUCUGUUGCUUAUAACAGAUUAAAUGUCUUGUCUGAAAUUGCUCAAA